AUGGCAGCGGCAGGCCCUAGCGGCUCCAACACCAUCAAGGUGGUUGCGAGAUUUAGGCCGCAGAAUAAAAUCGAGCUCGCGUCCGGCGGAGAUACUAUCGUGGGCUUCGAAGGAGAUGAUACAUGUAAAAUCAACUCAAGGGAGGGCACUGGCUCCUUCACCUUCGAUAGAGUGUUUGGCAUGGACUCGAAACAACCUGAUAUCUUCGAUUUCUCUAUUCGCCCGACGGUAGACGAUAUUCUCAAUGGCUAUAACGGAACUGUCUUCGCCUACGGUCAGACUGGUGCUGGUAAAUCGUAUACGAUGAUGGGAACGGACAUCGAUGAUGACAUGGGCAAGGGUAUUAUUCCUCGUAUUGUGGAGCAAAUGUUUGCUUCGAUUCUGACGAGUCCGAGCAACAUUGAAUACACGGUCCGAGUGAGCUACAUGGAAAUAUAUAUGGAGCGUAUCCGAGAUUUGCUAGUGCCCCAACACGACAAUCUACCGGUCCAUGAAGAGAAGUCCCGUGGUGUUUAUGUCAAAGGCCUGUUAGAGAUUUACGUGUCAAGCGUGCAGGAGGUUUACGAAGUCAUGCGCCGUGGUGGAGCUGCCCGAGCAGUGUCGGCAACCAACAUGAACCAGGAAUCGUCUCGAUCGCACUCUAUUUUCGUCAUUACUGUUACUCAGAAGAACGUUGAGACUGGCUCUGCAAAGAGCGGUCAGCUCUUUUUGGUCGAUUUGGCAGGUAGUGAGAAGGUGGGCAAGACCGGCGCAAGCGGACAAACACUUGAAGAAGCCAAGAAGAUCAACAAGAGUUUGAGUGCUCUCGGAAUGGUUAUCAACGCGCUUACUGAUGGAAAAUCAACGCAUAUUCCUUACCGGGACUCGAAACUUACCCGUAUUCUUCAGGAAUCUUUGGGAGGUAACUCCCGAACGACGCUUAUCAUCAAUUGUUCCCCCAGCAGUUACAACGAUGCCGAGACUAUCUCGACCCUUAGAUUCGGCGUUCGCGCGAAGGCAAUUAAGAACAAGGCGAAGAUCAACGCCGAGUUGAGUCCUGCGGAACUGAAGCAGCUGCUCAGGAAAGCCCAAGGCCAAGUCACGAAUUUCGAAACCUAUAUCUCCAACUUGGAAGGGGAAUUACAAAUUUGGCGAGCAGGAGAGUCGGUUCCCAAAGACCGUUGGACACCAGCGCUUUCCGAAACCCCUGCUGCCCCCAAACCUCCUCGACCUGCUACUCCUUCGCGUUUACAAACUGAAGCCAUCCGCGCAGAAACGCCAAGCCGACCUGAUUCAAGAUUAGGGGACCGCUCUAGCACUCCAAGUAUAGUUCUUGAGAAGGACGAGCGCGAAGAAUUCUUGCGAAGAGAAAAUGAACUUCAAGAUCAAAUCUCGGAGAAGGAAUCGUAUAUCACAAAUGUUGAGAGGACGCUCCAAGAAGCCAAGGAGGAGCUCAAGAGCUUGAAGGAAACAUCAUCCCGAACCGGAAAAGACAACGAAAAGCUAAAUGCCGAAAUUAAUGAAUUGAGGAUGCAACUUGAAAAGGUUUCUUUCGAGAGUAAAGAAGCGGGCAUCACGAUGGAUAGCUUGAAGGAAGCUAACUCCGAACUGACUACCGAAUUGGAUGAGAUUAAACAACAGCUUCUCGAUGCCCGUAUGCGUGCGAAGGAGACAGGUGCUGCCCUCGAUGAGAAGGAUAAGAAGAAGGCGGAACGCAUGGCGAAGAUGAUGGCUGGAUUCGACUUGAAUGUCAAUGUCUUCUCAGAUAACGAGCAAAGAUUGAAGAAUCUGAUCGACCGAGUGGAUUCUCUACACAAAGUCAGUGCUAGUGGAGAGGCGGUUGCGCCCGAUGAUAUCCUUGAGCUACGGGCUAGUCUCCUAGAAACUCAAGGCUUUGUCCGACAAGCAGAGCUCUCAAUGAGUGAUCGAAGUGAAAUACAUGAGCUGCAGGACAGCAAAAGAGCUGAGCUUGAGAGGCGAAUUGUUGAGCUUGAAAAUGAUUAUGAGCAGGUGCUAGAGCAAAACAUAGGCGAAGCAGAUGUGAAUGAGAUCCGUGGACGAUUAGAGAAGCUGUAUAUUGACCGCCGAGAUGCCGAGACCAAGUCUAUCUCUGAUACAAGGGUCGAGCUAGCUCGCAAGGAAGAGGAGCUCGUUCAACUACGCCAAAGCCUUGCCGACUCGCAAGUCAAAGCUGCAACCAACGGUACGGUGUCUGCCGCGGCCACCAAUAAGACAUUGCAACAGCAGAUUGCGGAUUUUGACAACAUGAAGAAAUCACUAAUGCGGGAUCUCCAGAACCGGUGUGAAAGGGUGGUCGAGCUCGAAAUUUCCUUGGAUGAAACUCGUGAACAAUACAACAAUGUCUUGCGCACGUCUAAUAACCGUGCGCAACAGAAGAAGAUGGCUUUCUUGGAGCGCAACCUGGAGCAACUCACACACGUCCAACGUCAACUGGUUGAACAGAACAGCAGCCUCAAGAAGGAGGUCGCCAUUGCAGAGCGUAAGCUCAUUGCUCGUAACGAGCGCAUCGCCAGCUUGGAAAACUUGUUGCAGGAUAGCCAGGAGAAGCUCACUGCAGCCAAUCACCGAUUCGAAGCCCAAUUGACGGCAGUAAAGGAACGGUUAGAAGCAGCCAAACAAGGCUCAACCCGCGGUCUUGUUACAUCAAUGGAUGGCCCAUCAGGAUUUAGUUUCGGCGGCUCCCGCAUCGCCAAGCCCCUCCGCGGUGGUGGCGGCGCAGAUGCGAAUGGUUCGUCAGUACAACAACAAGAAUCAACUACAAAGAGAGACAGUUGGUUCUUUAAUCGACGAUAG